AUGCCAAAAAUUAAAGGAAAGGCAAAGGCAAAUAAAGUACAGGAACACAAGAAUGACAGGAGGAAAAAACAAGCGUCUUUUAUUGCUGAACAAGAUGACUUUGAUCUUGAUGCAGCUGUUAAUGAACUGAUCUGGCAAUCUCAACAGCCUGCUUCUGAAACAAAACCUCAUAUCAAUCCUACAGUAGAAUGUCCUAUAUGCUCUCAAUUGUACCCAAGAAACAAAAUAGAACUACAUGCUUCUGACUGUACAGGAGGCUUUGUGGAUGAUGCACCCAGUACAAGCAAGAAGAGGAAUACUAUUGCUACAGGUGUUGCCUUGAAUGAAGCCAAACGAAAAAAAACAAAGAGCACCUUUGUAGAAAAUGUAAAUUAUUAUGUUGAAUCAGAUGAUCUGCUUGCUGUUGAUGGCGUUGGUUUUAGCAAUGAAGUAACUGACUCAGGAUGGGAGACAAGAGGACAGAUACGAUUCACAUAA